AUGGAAACUCACCCACACCCGUGCUUGAAGUCCCUCUCCCAACGGGGUUAUAUUCAAGGUGUUACACUCUGCGAGAAAUCAACCGAUCACCCCCUCUGCCAUUACUUCGGGGGUCUCCGAUAUGCCCUCCCUCCCCUGCAGCGAUGGCGCAAUGCUCGGAAGCUACCGUCGACAUACACCUAUGGCACCAAAGACCACCCGUGCCCUUGUACAGGGCCCGCAGGCGUCUGUCCCCAGCCCACCUUUCUGAAUCUCUCGAAAGAGGUUGGUUGGUCUGAAGACUGCUUUCAGUGCAAUGUCUGGGUCCCAACUGGAGAGCCUCCAAAAGAGGGAUGGCCGGUUCUUUUCUUCAUCCAUGGAGGGUUCCUUCAGUUUGGAACUCCAAACACCUUCUCGGCGGCCGGCCUGCUGGGUGAGGGAGCUUUGAACGCCAUCAUCGUUAUGCCUGCCUAUCGUCUGGGCGUGUUCGGCUUUCUCUAUUCAUCCGAGCUGGAGAAUGACGCCACCUCUGUGGGCGAGGCGGUUGGAAAUCAGGGCUUCUGGGACCAACGUCUGGCUCUGGAAUGGACCAAGGACAAUAUUUCCCUGUUUGGGGGAAACCCUUCCUUGAUUACCAUCGCCGGAUACUCGGCCGGCGCAUACUCGGCAUUCUAUCAGCUAGCCUACGACGUCCAGCUCCCAGAGGACCAGGCCCUCGUGAACCAAGCCUGCAUCUGGUCGAACGGACCGGCCACCCAGCCCAAGAAUCCCGCCGCGGCACAGAUGCAAUUCAACCAGCUCCUCUCCGCCCUGGACAUCCCCGCGGGCCUCCCCUGGGCGGACAAGAUUGCCCGGCUCCGCGCCGUCGCCAGCCCAGACCUCCUCUCCGCCGCCGUCAGCGUCGACUUCAACCAAUUCCGCCCGACCACGGACUCCGCCUUCAUCCCCUCCACCCUCUUCCAGUCCUUCGACGACGGCUCCUUCGGCCGCCGCGUCGCCGCCCGCAACAUCCGCAUCAUGCUCGGCGAAUGUCGCGACGAGCGCUUCCUCUACGCCACCUGGCUGCCACCACCCGAGAACACCCUCGCCUCGCUCCGCAAGCGCCUGCUGGCCGACUACCCGCGCCCCGUCGUCGACACCCUCCUCCCCCUCUACUACCCGGGCGGCAACCUCCCCGCGGACUGCCAGGACUGGAACCGCGACGCCUUCGGCCGCAUCUACGCCGACAUGCAGGUCCACAAGAUGCAGCGCGGGCUCGUGCACUCCCUGGCGCUGGGCGGCGCCGCCCACCUCCUCUAUCGCUACCGCAUCGAAUACCGCCUCAAGUGCGUCGACAAGUCCAUCCCGCCUGCCUGGGGCGUCACACACGCCACCGACCAGUACAUCUGGUUCUGGGGUAACGGGGAGGUCAUCGAGCCGCGCGAGAAGCUCAUCGUUCGGAAGGCGCUGAUCGAUCCAUGGAUCGACUUCGUGCACGGCAAACCCGACAUUGACUGGGGCACCACGAGCCCGAGGGAGAUACGCACCUUGAAGCCAGAUGGCUCGGUCCAGAUCUGGCAGGAUGGGCUCUGGGACGAGGCGAUGCGUGUCUGGAAGGCACUGCGCGAGGUCGGGGAGCCGGAGGAGACCGUGGCUAAACUAUGA